CACCACGUUUGCUCGGACUCGAACAAAUUUGCUAGACAUCCCAGGGCGGUCAACAGCUGCGGAAAGUACUGAGUUAUACUACGGUGCCGUACUGACCACAAUGGCGUCGUUUUCAACGGCCAGCUUCUUCCAAAUGAGCUGUAAUACAGCAUUAGGACAACCAAUAGACUUCCUGCGCGACGUGAGUGAAUUGGUGGAGCUGCCGCGGGUCAUCACCGAAAAUACGCGGCAGCGGGCACAAUCCCAGAUCAUGGUGAGCGUGGCGCUCUGCCAGCGGAAGCGCGCGUACGUCCCGGCGCACCCGCGGCGGCCGUUCGACGGCGGCAGCCCGCUGGCGUCUUCAUUAAAAUUGCUCGUGUAUGGCGCCGAGGCGCUUAAAACGGCUGCCAGGCCGCUGCCGCGUGAGGUAGUUAGACGGAUUUGCUGGUACGUCUAGCCUCGUCGUUCGCGUGUUCGCUCGUUUGUUUUUGGUCCGCAUAAGAAGUUAGAAUAAGAAGUAAGAUACAUAGUAGUGA